UCGUGAAAUCACCUUGUAGUUUUUUGACGAAAUCGAUAUCGGAGAUUAGCACGUUUACGUUUUUCUUCCAAGGUUGUACUGCAUUUUCACAUAAUCUGCCCACCACGGCACCUCUACAGGGGCGAUAUUCGACCCUUCCGUCUUUCUCUUUUCUUUUUCCGAUGGGUUCUCAUCUCCUAUAGUCUUUAGGGAGAAUCUACUUACGGGUUACGACGUUCAAUUGAGUGCUGUGUGCUGAUACAUAUUUGGUCUUCGACGGUGCGCAUACGUCCGGUGUCUGUGAUAUAUCUUAGUGUCAUUUAGUUGUUACGUCGCUCUUGCUGAGUGUUAUUGACCGGUUGUUGAACAAGCUCGACGAUGAAAUAAUAUUAAAAUACGUAUUGUAUUUAUACAAACGUAUACACCUUCGUUGCGACAAACUCAAAUCAUUACGUCCAAGCAUCAUUUGCCCGACCAUAAUAUUAUAAACACGUACCAGUCGUGUAAAAUACAUACACUAUGGACAAUGAAAAGGACAUUGAGAGCAGCCAAUCAAUAAAUUACAAUAUGGAGGAUAUUUCUCAACCAGAUUUGCUGUGCCAUACCUAUGCAGUUGAUUCUCAAAUGACAAGUAAAACACAUUUAGACAUAAACCAUUCAUUGUCAUUUAGUAAUACUUCUUGUGAACAUUCUAAAAUGCAAGAAGAAGAAUGUGCUUUUUUAACAAAUAAUCUACAAAGUGUUCAUUUGACACGUGACAAUCCAUUAUCCAUUAAUCUUCCAUCACGGAGACGUCGAUUGAUACCUAUCAAUAAUAAAGCUAAUGAUUAUGAUUAUGAAUCAAGUUCUGGUAGUGAAUUCAGUGAUAAUACUGACAGAUUCUUGAAUGUGGACCUUGGAACUAAAUCAAUACCUGAAUUAACAGCUGAAGAAGAACUCAAAGAUGAGCGCAAUUGGAAAUCUUGUACGGUAACUGGUGUUGUUAGUAAGAUUGAUAUGAAAGUAAUUGAGCCUUAUAAAUGUGUACUAUCACAUGGUGGUUACAUGACAACUGGUUCACACAAUGCUAUUAUUGUAUUUAGUGCAUGCUAUUUACCGCAUCGUGAUCGUGUAGACUACAAUUAUGUUAUGAAUAAUCUAUUUGCAUAUGUAGUUUCAACAUUGGAUCAAUUAGUUACAGAAGACUAUGUUCUGGUAUAUCUGCAAGGGGGUACUUCAAAGGAUUGUGUUCCAGGUUUCUCUUGGCUGAAACGUUGUUACAAAAUGAUUGAUAGAAAAUUAAGGAAAAAUUUGAAGUUUUUGUACUUGGUUCAUCCAACGUUUUGGUUAAAAACACUUGUAUUAAUGAUCAAACCAUUUGUAAGCUCAAAAUUUGGUAACAAGAUACAUUUCAUCAACAGUUUAGAUGAACUCUAUGAUUGUGUGCCAGUUGAAAGAGCUAGUAUACCAGAUAGGGUGAAACAAUUUGAUUGUACAAAAUCAAAUUCUCACAAGUAAUAUUAAUUUCACUAUAUAACUAUUUAUUAAUAUUAUUAUUAUUAUUUAUAAUUCUACCUUACCUAUAUACUAUCCUAUUUUUAUCAGUUUACAAGUCCAGGAACACAAAAAAUCAUAAGAUUUAUAACUUAUAUUUUUAUUUUUUAUGAUCUGUAGUUGUAUUAUUCAUUCUAAAUUUUUUUUUGCACUUAUUCUUAAAUCAUAGAUGACUUAAAAUGUAAGAUUGGCUAAUUAAUUACAUUAUCUAUGCAAAACUGUAUAAUAAAACACUAAUUACAUCUUAACAUACACAUUGAAAUAAUUUUCA